CCAUGUCUUUGAAGGCAGACAGUGAUGUUAAGAACAGCUUGUCCUCACUUCCUCCAGAGCUGAUGGAGAAAAUCUUUCUGCAUCUGGAUGUGGUGGACCUAGCAAGACUCUCCUGUGUUUGUGUGGCAUGGAGGGAAAUAGCCAAUGUUGACCAUAUAUGGCUUCACCACUGUAUGAAGAGGAAGUGGAUGAGAUUUGGUCUCCAUGACAAUAUUCUCCAAGAAUCUCCAAUGUGUAAACCCCAGUCUAAUGUAUCCAGAACUUCUCCUUACUUCCAGCUAUAUGUUCCAAAGGAAACCAGACUUUCUCCAAUUUGUCGAUGGAAGAAUGUGUUUAUAAGAGUAUUACACUUGUUCAAAAACUGGGAGAAAGGCCGAUAUACAAUGCCAGUGACUCUCAAAGGACAUCGAGACCAGGUCAAGGCCAUUGACUGUAAUAAGACCUGUAUUGUCAGUGGAUCAGAGGAUCACAGUGUUAUUGUUUGGAGUUUGGAGAACUGCACAAAACUGAAAGAAAUCAAAGUUCAUUUGGAUGCUGUUACAGCAGUAAAAUUGAGGGGCAAUGUGCUGGUGACUGGUUGUGCAGACAGUUCAGUUCGAGUGAUAGACUCCACCACUGGUGAGGUUGCUUUUACCUUACAAGGUCACCAAGGAUCUGUCGAUCACCUAGCUAUUAUAGAGGACUUCAUUGUUAGUGCAGGCACAGACAGUACAGUGAUGAUCUGGUCAUUAACACAGAGAAAACUUCUACAUAUUUUAUGUGGACAUGUGGAUGAAAUUGAGUGCAUGGCCCACUGUGGACACACUGUGAUAACAGGAUCUUGGGACAAGGCUGUACUGGUGUGGGAUAUCAGGAAAAAAGAUGCUGUACAGAUGUUACAUGGACAUAGAGAGGUUGUGACCUGUUGUUACUGCACUGAAGACACAGUAGUUAGUGGUAGUGGAGACUCGGAUGUUAGGAUUUGGCGGAUUCCCUCCGGAGAGUGUCUUCAUGUUCUAUCUGCCCACCAGGCAGAGGUGUAUUGUCUGGCCUGUACCACAGAUACUAUUGUGUCAGGGUCAUCUGAUAGCACCAUCAUCAUUUGGAAUUAUACUGGUAACCACUUACACACAUUGACAGGACAUCUUGGGGUAGUACGGUGUCUAUAUAUCAAUGAGUUUCGAUUAGUCAGUGGAGGGGACCAGAAAAAAAUCAACGUCUGGGACUACAAAAGUGGCAAAUUAUUGAAUACAGUACAUCGCAAUCCAACUCGGUUACACAAGAUGUUGGUCAGUGAUACCAAACUAAUUACAGCAUCUCCAGAGACCCCAGGGACCCUUACUGUAAUCAGUUACUGGUGAUACUGUCAUCAGCUACUGGUGAUACUGUCAUCAGCUACUGGUGAUACUGUCAUCAGCUACUGGUGAUACUGACAUCAGCUACAGGUGAUACUGUCAUCAGCUACUGGUGAUACUGUCAUCAGCUACAGGUGAUACUGUCAUCAGCUACUGGUGAUACUGUCAUCAGCUACUGGUGAUACUGUCAUCAGCUACAGAUGAUACUGUCAUCAGCUAAAGGUGAUACUGUCAUCAGCUACAGAUGAUACUGUCAUCAGCUAAAGGUGAUACUGUCAUCAGGUACAGUUGAUAGUGGCAUCAGCUACAAGUG